UUAAGAAAGGCUUCAUCUGUUCGUACUGCGGUAAAUGUUUUCAGCGUGCCGGGCACUUGGAGAGGCAUAAAAGGAUUCAUACCGGUGAGAAACCGUAUCGCUGCGAGAUAUGUGGGAGACAGUUCAAUCAGAAGUGCAGCCUGAAGGAGCACAUGAAGAUUCAUGGAAGAUGUAUUCAGCCCAAACCCCUUGAGAUGGAAGUAGGCGAACAGAAGCAUAUUCUUCAGCCCAAACCCCUUGAGAUGGAACAGAAGCACAUCCCCGAGGUGAAUCCACGUACGGAUGCUCUUCGCCCUGAGGAAGAGAGCCAGGUGAAGGCUGUGGACGAUCUACCUAAGAAUGAGGACAUCCUCUCAGCACCCGUACACGUGAAGUGUGAGCCUGCAGAGGAGAACAUAGCACCGCCGCUGUUUCUUGGAGGAGACGAGCAGACAAGGGAAGGAGGUGACGACCUGAGUGAGAACUUAGCAGCGUUUGCGAGGGACAGCCACCAGUGGAUGUCCAGGUUGCAAGCUCAAAGCAACACGGAGCUCGGCGAUGCGGAGUAUCUCGGCAGCUCGGCUCAGAGCGUGGCGUCCUUCCCGGGGAUGGCUCAGUUACUUCCGCCAGCAGUCGAAGCUUCUUGUAGCACAUUCUCCUUUCCGGGGAAACCGUAUGGGGAACUCAACAACGGCAUGGUCUCCCACACGCCUUACGGCUCCUCAGACACUCUCAUGAUACCGAGUGAAGCAGGUUUGCACGGUGCGGCUGGAACCUCGCUGGAUCACCUCCUGCAGAGAGGGAGCAGGUCUUUUCAGGUGAUCAAACCCAAGAAGUGCUUCGUCUGCUCGUACUGCGGGAAGGUGUUCGAGCGCGUCGGCCACCUUGAGAGACAUUUACGCAUUCACACCGGGGAGAAGCCGUACGGUUGCCAUAUCUGCGGGAGGUGCUUCAAUCAGAAGAGUAGCCUCAAGAGCCACAUGAAGACGCACAGAAUUGGUGAGAACACGGAGGUGCUGGAAGCACAUCACCCGAUGUUUGCAAUGCCCGAAAAUCAAUCGCCGAAGAACCUGGCAGAACCCAAGACCGGGCUGGCGGCUUCAGAGGAGCAGUUGCUGGGCAGCGCAUACGGCGAGGCAGCUGGUGAGCAAACAGUGAUGGUGAAGCUGGAGCCAAACGGGGAGGACUUCCACACUCUGAGUCGAGCAGGGGCCGAGAACGGCACAGACCACAGUCAACUGUGGGCACCUGGGAUAGAGAAGAGCAGCGACACUGAACAAACCAUCCGUGUAAUGUUACGCGACGUCAAGUAUCACCUCAGUCCUGCUACCGGAGCGGCCAAUGAGCAGCCGGGAUACACGUCGCCCAUAAGAGACAUGUCUUUUCUGAACGACAAAGAAGAGGAAGAAAUGACGCAAGCUGAUCAGUAUUCAGCGAUGGGUGUGCAUUCCAGACGCCCUGACGGGACUCUUGAGCAGCAAGAUCAACACGUUACACAAGAGCUGUCAGUGAAUGAGUACGCAGCCGUUAGUGCCAGGACUCACGGGGGAGGAGGGUUUGAAUUUAAUAUGGCCGCCUCAGGCAACCGUGCGGUUAACUGUGACACAGAGGACGCCACCGGGCAAAAUUGCUUUAUAUGCUCAACUUGCGGUCAGAGCUUUGAUAGCUUCAGUUCAUUCCAGAGGCACCAGUGUAAAAAUGUCACGGAGCAAUCCUUCAGCUGUGAGGUAUGCGGGAAGAUGUUUAACCAGAUUAGCUUCCUGAAAUUACACCUUAAACUGCAUGUAGAGUUCCGUCGGUUGUUUUCGCAUUUUUUUUUAAUCAAAACCGUCGCGUGGAGGGAUUUAUUUGUUAUUCUCAGCCCUCGCGUAUUUGCACGAGUCAACAUGGCGACGUGCAUUCCCUUUCAAACCCAGUUGUCCUCGAUCAUGGAGGUUUUGGUGAAAGCGGCAGUGGCAGAGAUAUCCAAACUAGUCGAUGACAAAUGUGCGUUUUUGCAUCUAGAAAUCUCUCGAAAGCAAAGCGAGAACGAUACCCUGAAGAGGAAAUUACUGAUGACGGAGAACAAAACCGCUCAGCUGCAGCGCGGGUUUGAAAACUAUAUGGACCGAGGAACUGAUGUGGGGAGCUGUCCGCAUCCCACUGGAGAUAUUAAGUUCCCCGAUAUUGACGACUCAACGGUUUCGUUCACAAUUAAAGAGGAAAGUCCAGAUGAGAUGCUGUGGGUCAGUGAAUCUGCUGGACCGAUUGGUUCUGCUGUUCGAUACCGUCAUCCAGCAAACCCAGCUAACGCUCCGGAGAGCCGGCAGCUUGAAGAGGACCGUCGGUUAAACCGCUCGGAGACCGCCGCUAGAAAAGCAUCGGAGUUCGGUGACUUGUAUAACGCUGGUCAGCAUGCAGGAGACACCGGCGGCCUUCAGUUCACUGUCAAGACGGAGAAGGAGGAGGACCGGUCGGGAUUCAGUCAGGAUGGGUGCCUGCACGGCGCAGAGAAGCAGACUCAACUUGCUGCUGACUUUUCCAUGGAUGAAAGAGAGAAUCAGCUCUGGUCGUCCAUAAUCGAAGGUAACGACAUCGAUGCCGGUUUCCCUGACUUUUCUAGCGUGGUGGAGGAGUAUUCCAGCACAUUUCCGGACCAUUCCGAUGUUCACGUGGUGUCUAACGCUACCAAGUCUGCCGGCGUCCAGCAGCUGUCCUCUCAGAGGCCGUGUAACGGGAUCUACAACAGCGACGUUCCGCAGUCGUCCAGCUUUCAACCCAGACCUAAGGGUAGCCAGUCGCAGCAAGACCGGCCGAAGAAGCAGGUUUACCCGCAGAGAACCGCCUCACAAGUCGCACAUCCGAAGCAGCCGGACGAAAACACCGAGAGGGAGACCGCAGCCGGAGACAGACCGGCCGUAAGUCACUCGCACAACACUUUCACGGCGGGCGGCUUCCACCCCCACAAACCUCCCCCUGGCACGGCGCGGGGCUACUCCUGCUCCCUCUGCGGCAGGAUGUUCAGCCGCCUGCACCAGUUCAAGCUGCACCAGCAGAGCCACAAGAGAAAGCGGGCGUUCUGGUGCACGGUGUGCGGGAAGGGCUUCCAGUGUUCGUCCCACCUCAGCAUACACCACCGGACGCACACGGGCGAGAAGCCGUACGGUUGCGGACAGUGCGGGAAGAGGUUCACGCAGCAGAGCAGCCUGAGGGUCCACCAGCGGACGCACAGCGGCGAGCGGCCCUACAGCUGCUCGCUGUGCGGGAAAACCUUCAUCCUGAUGCACCAUUUGAAACGGCACAGAAUCAUCCACACGUACAGCUGAGGUGGAGACGUCCACGGGGACGUUGCUCAGGUGAAAACACAGAAAAUGACCCUCAAAACCAAACCGAAAACAUGGUUGGGAUUUUCAACCUCGUGUUAUUUCUCACGGACUUUGUAUAUUAAUGCAUAUUCCACUAUGCAAAAUCCAUCUGGGCGGAUUUUAAGAUGCUUGCUUCAUUUUUAAAUACCUAUAAUUAUUAAAACGUCAAACUGGAUUGCAACCGCAAACAGAAUUCACGCUGUAUUUUUUUCACACCGUCAAAGCUAGAAAUCCCAAAAAAAAAAACAAGGUCCAAAAUGUCUUUUUAAAGAGAAAUCCUGCAUAUUUCCUCUCAAAGUUCCCUGCAUACUGAUCUUCAGUUUGUUUUAGCCUUACUUCAUCUCAGCGCUGUAGAAGCACAAGCUGCUCACGAUCCACAUUAACUCUGCUUUGGCGGUCACGAGAGCGCUUUCCACUCGGAGCCAGUGAAGCACCGCUCAUGGUUUAUGUUUUGAUUGUCAACAUUGGUAAAAAAGCUGCGUGACUGUUGUUCCACGUUGAAUUCUUCCAUUAAACAUAUCUCCGAAAUCCUUUUUGCCAUUUUAUUAUCAUUUAUAUUAAAGGAUCGUUUAAAUCA